UUGACAGACGGAGGGAGGAAGGGAAUGACUCUAUGAUCACUCUCUGUGUCAGUCUAGUGAACUGAGCUCAUCAACACGUGCACUCUGUGUAGGGAUCUGCCGACGGGAUCGGUUUCUUUAUUUCAGCAAAGAGAGAGGGCUUUCAUUUCAGUCACUAGAGCAAUCAGUCGUAGGUGGCAAGGAAAAAACAAAAAAAACCACAAGUCCGUCCAUCCAUCCAUCCAUCCAUUCAUUCAUCCAUCCAUCCGUGUGUGUGGCGGUGUGUAUACGAACGAAUUGACGUAUAUCGGAUGUGUGUGAGAUGCGCGGGUGGGUGGUGUGUGCGGUUCUCAAACGUCUGAUAUCUUGGGCUCGCGAGGGAGAGCGCCUGAGUUGGACAGACAUCCGUCGCCCACACGUGUGUAUAUGCACGUGGGUAUCUAUCAGCGCCGACCUGUCUUGAUGAGUGCCUCUUUCCAGUCGGUCAAGGCCUGCACUUGUGCAGUGAGGUUCUUCAGGUGCUUCUCGAUCCUUAUCAUCUCUGCACACACACGAGAUGACACACACAGACGUGCAUACUUUCACCCACUGGCGAGCACUGCACGAGAGCUUACCGGGGGAUGGCUGAGACGGCUGCGGCACCUGCACACGCCAUCGAAAUGUGCGUGUGUAUGUUCAUUUAUCUGUGUGAGCGAGCCGACGUACCAGUGCGAGCCCUGAGGGUCUGGUGGGAGGUGAGCCGAUGCUCACAGACCUGCAUUCAGUCAGUCGUGUGCAUGCGAACGUAUGAAUGCGCGUGUGUGCAUAGCAUUGUGACUUACAGGUUUUCGGAUGUUCUCUUCCUUAUCAGCUCGUGGCUCUUCUCCUCUCUCUUGAGGUACUCUGCACACACACAGACACCCACCCACCCACACACACAGAGAGAGAGAGAGGGAGAGAGAUUUGCGUCUAUGUUGAUGUCUGUGUGGGGCUAUGUGUACCAGUGACGCCGUCCUUGGAUAUCUCUUUGUUGAGGAACUCUCUACGAAGAGAUUCCAGCUGCUUCUUGACCUCCUCUGCAGACACAGGCACAGACACAUGAGACACAGCGCACAAACAUUAGCGUGUGUGUGGGGAGGGGCGAGAGGAACGUCAGCACACACACACUCACGUUGGAUCUGCUCCUUGGUCUUCUCUCCCGCCAGCACCGAUCCGAAGAGCAUGUCCUCGCUGUCCGCGUCGUCGCUGUAGAACUUCUUGAGAAUCAGCACUUUCAGAAUGUCACCCAGCUGAUGACCGGUCGAUGGAUGGCGACGCGCGCGUGCUUUGUGUGCAUGUCUGUCUGUCUGUCUGUGUGCAUGUGUGUUGUGUGUGUGUCUUACGAAGAACCAGAUGAACGAGUAGAGCCACACAAUCGCCACGUGCUCAAUCCCUACAGACAGACAGACAGACAGAGACACGAAUGGGAUGGACGUCUAGAGGCAUAUCUAUCUGCACACAAGCUUACGAAUGCCCUCGACUGGCGCGCCUCCACCGAACUGCAAAUCUCCCGGCCAGCUGCACCAACAGACACACGCACACACCCCUCGCAAUGUUGCACAAAAGCAUGCAUUGAUUGCAGCACAGGAACGCACAUGAGCAUGAGUACGCUUGAGAGGACCAUCGAGGCGAUCACCGGGAUGAUCACCACUAUCGAAGGCGGCUUGGCCUCCUACACACAAGAGGGCAUCGAUGUAUUGUGUCUCUCUCUUUGUGUGGGUAUGUGCAUAUCAGUCAGUCCACUUCAGUUCAGCUCCCUCACCACGCCGUCAUAGUACCAGAACCAUGACUUGGUGCGCGUGGAGAAAAUGUUGAGCUGGAUCAUCACCGCCAGAUUCAGGUACACAGCCGCGUUGAGCCGCGCCUACACACAAAGGGAGGGAGACACACAGGUAGUUCGAUGGACUGUGUUGGUUUGCAUGUGUGUGUGUGUGUGUGUGGCCCCCACUCACUUACGAUAGAGAUCUCGCAUUCAUCGUCGGUGAGGGAAAUCUGCUCGUUGCAUUCAGAGCCGUCCUGAAUUUUGCGUGUGGACCACACAGAGUCAUCCACACGAGUCGUCCGUCCAUGUGUGUGCGUGUGCGUCUGGGUGUGGGUGCGGGUGUGUGUGCAGAAUGGGCCCAUACGUAUUUUCUGUAGACGAGGAGAUCGUCGACGCCCCACCCUGCACACGUGUGUUCGGUUUGGGCAUACACACACAAAGAAAGUACCCUCCAUCCGCUCGUUGGCUCACCUUUCCACCAGUUGAUGCCCCCUGCGAUCUGUUCGCCGUCCGCAAAAAGAAACAAACCCAAGAACGCACCUGCACUCACACACACACACACAGACACACACACAUGAAUGGUCGACCAAUCCACAAGCAGCCGUACCUACCGAUCACGUUGGUAAAGCCGAGCGUGCCAGCCACGAUGAGGACCUGCAGACAGACAGACAGACAGACAGACAAGUGUGUGUCGCAUCCAUCCAUCCAUCCAUGCAUGGCUGGAGUGGAGUGUGUCGUCCGUCCUUCCCUUGCCCCACCUUUUUGAGGUCCCAAUGCUGCGGCACUCCCGCGCGGACGACGUUGUCCUUGCUGGUGCUCAUGAUGGUGAAGUCGUUGAUCAGAGACAACUGCAUUUCAUGCAGGAAGAGAGAAAAGAUCAAUCAACUGUGUUUCCGCGUGUGUGCAGGGCAGGGGCGGCAUACAAGGAUGAGUGUCCAAGUGGGGAAGUCGUAUUCGGCAGCUGCACACACACAUAGACAGGCUCACACCCACUAAUGACUGACUGACUGACUGACUCACCGCAGAUGGACAGGACAAAGAAGAAGAGAAUCAGCGACGACGAGGCCAUGCGGUACAUGAUGUAAUUCUGGAUCCGCUGGAAGAUCGUCCGCGACGUGAGCAGCGCCGUCACGAUCGUUGACAGACCUGGCUGCAGCAGAAUGAUGUCCGCCGCACCCUGUGAGUAUGUUUGUGUUGAUAUGGUGGACGGACGAGACACAGAGAGGGAGGACACACACAUACAGAAAAGGAAACACGUGAUGGAAUGUCUUACCUUUGCGGCGUCGGUCGCCCCAGCGACAGCCACGCCGACAUUGGCCUUCUUCAACGCGGGGGCAUCCUGAAGACAUGUGUCCAAAGAUUUGUGUGUGUGUGAUGCCCCACGACCGUCGCACAUACGUUGACGCCGUCGCCCGUCAUGCCGACGAGCUUGCCCAUGUCCUGCAGGGCCGCCACUAUCUGCACACACUCACCCAUGCCCAUACACGUGUGUGUGUGUGUCUGCCGGCAACGGACGGCUUGCCUUGAAUUUGUGCUCGGGGUAUACGCCAGCGAAGCCGUUGACCGACAUGAUGAACUCACCCAGCCCGCCCCUCUGCUCCACCAGCGACGACUCCGUGCUCCAUAUCUGCAUGUGUUUCCAAGCAACACAACACAUCCAUCGCGUGUCGCAAACAAGAGCGAGAGAAGUCAGUAGCUGACCUCGUUGCCAAUGAUGUUGGUGCCCAUUCCGAGGCGCCGUGCCGUCUCGAUGGCGAUGGCGCGCUGGUCGCCCGUGACCAUCUUGACGUCAACUCCGUACUCCAUCGACUGCUCGAUCGUGUGCUUGGUGUCGUCUCUCUGCACAUCACCCACAUCACGCACACAUCGGAGCGGCUCCUCUCUCUCUCUCUCUCUCUGUCUCUGUACUGACAGGCGGAUCAAAGAGCGAGAUGAGGCCGACAAACUGCCAGUCGAUCGUCUCGGGGUCGCUCCAACACACACCUGCAAAGCAAACCCAGAUCCACAAUUGCUGGUGCCUCUAGGCCUAGAGUGUUUGUGUCUGUCGUCUCGUCUUGUAUGUAUCUUGCCGACAUACCGAGUGUUCGGAGGCCCCUCUCAGCCUUGCCGUUGAUGAUCCCCUCCAUCCUGCACAUACAUAUACACAUACACUUGCACACAGGUGUAUCCGUAUAGGUGAGCCGCCUUACUUUUCGGCCAUUUCAGGAUAGUUGACGGCCACCUGGUUCAUUCGCUCAGCAGACAGACGAUUGCAGACGGGGAAUGCAGUGGGAUGCAGGCAAUCUCUCUCCCUCCCUCCCUCCCUCACCAUGUUGCGGAUCACAUGUGGCGCGCCUUUCGAGAUGAGCUUGAUGGUCCCAUCCGGGAACAACACUGAAAGCGCGCGAGAGAGAGAGUGGGCGAGAGAGAGAGAGAAAGAGAGCGUGUCAUCUCUAAUUACCCACCCACCAGUGCUCUCUGUCUUCUUAUCCACCGGGUUGAAGGGAAUGAACUUGGUCACCUUUGGAAGGGGAAACAAAGAGACAGACAGACGUGCACACAAACAAAGAGGCACAAACAAUAUCAGCUGACAAGCGUGUGUGUAUCCCCACCGACCCACCUUAUAUUUCUCCAGUUGUGAGAGGUCGGUUGCUGCCGUGAUGGCCUUGUCGAUUGGCUCCUGGUUGGUCAGCUUGCUCGCCAGGGAGGCCAUCACCAACACGUACUCGCCUGUGAAACCCUCGCCGCAGGUUAUCUACACACAGACAGACAGACAGACAGACGAUUAACGAGUCUCUCCCUAUGUGUGUGUGCAAGGACCUACCUCGUCUUUGUCGAGUGUGAGUUUGUUGAGGGUGAGUGUGCCCGUCUUGUCGCUGCACAGCACCUCAAUGCCGGCCAUCUCUUCAAUGGCGGACAGCCGUGUGACCACCGCCGACUCCUUCGAGAGCUCCAGGGCACCCACAGACAACACUGAUGGAUGGAUGGAUGGAUGCCACACACACACGUCUCUCUCCCCCACCCCUCAUUGUGUGUGUGUGUGUGUGUGUGUGUGCAUACCAGUGGUUGUGACGACGGGCAUGGCGAUGGGCACGACGGCCGUCAGAAUCACGAAACACAGCUUGACCGUCUGGGCGACGAAAUCCUGUCCACACAUUCGCACACACACACACACACACAGGUGGUUGCGAACUCUCUCUCUCUCUCUCUCUCUCCAUCUCCGUGUGUGUGUGUGCAUCCUACGAACCCCGCGGUUUUCGCGCUCACUCCGGGCGAUUCUGACUAUAAAUAUGAUGACACAGAAAAAAAGGCCGAUGAGGGCCAUCGUCUUGGCCACUUUGCCCAAGGUCUUCUUCAGGUGACCCUCCUCCUACACCCACACCCACACACACACACAUAACUAACGAUGUGCACAGACAGAGCACGAGAGAGCCACCCACACCCACACACCUGGACGCUUCCGAGGAGGGCGAGUGUCUUGCCGAAGAACGAGUUUUCGCCCGUCUUGGUGACCAUCAUGUCGAGCUCGCCGGACUGCACCACUGCUCCCGCCAACACCUACAAAUACACACACAGACCCGUGUCCGUGUGCGAUGCCUCUCUCUCUCUCUCUCUCUGUGUGUGUGUGUGUGUGUGUUCUUACUUCGUCGCCCACUCUCUUGGUGACGGCGAGCGCCUCUCCAGUGAGAGCGGCCUCAUCGAUCUGCACCGGCUCACCUGACACACGCUCGGAGGGCAGGCAGUCAUAUGUGUGUGUGCAUGGGACGGACGUACAUAGUACCUACCUUCGCCAACGAGUUUGCCAUCGGCUGGGAUCACCACGCCGCCGCCCAGAAAACAAAUGUCACCUUCACACCAGCAGACAGACAGGGAGAGAGAGAGAGAGAGAUUCGCGUGAAGAUGCAUAUCUCAUCUCGCCCUCCCUGUGCACAGCACACCUACCGGGCACCAGCUCGCGGACUUUGACCUUCUCCCACUUGCCGUUGCGCUUGCACUCGCACUCGGGGGCGCUGAGGUCCUUGACGGCCUUGAUGGCAUUCCCUGCACACACACACACACACACACACACAUGGAUGUGGCACCUCUCUCUCUCUCUCUCUCUGUGUGUGUGUGUGUGUGUGUACCGGCGUUCUUAUCGGAGUAGUAGUCGACCACCACCACCAGCAAGAGCUCGAACACCUACACCCACACACCCACACAACACACACACUGCCUUGCAGUCAGUGCGUGUGGAGAGGGAGAGUCCUUCCUACACGCACAUUGACGCGUGCGCACCAGCAGAGCAAAAGACAUCCAGUCACGCUUCGCGAUAUUGCCCGGAUCUGCGAGCCCACACAUGAAGACACACAGACACAGACACAGAUAAGAGAGUACAUAUAUCUUCAUUUGCUGACUGACUCGCCGCUCACCUCGGGGGUCGGGCACCGCAACACCCAAUACGGCCGUGAUCAUCAUGAUGAUCGGCACUAUACCCGUAAACUGCAUAUUGCACACACAUCCAAUACAUGAAGCGAUCCAUCCGCAUGCACGCGUGUCGUGUGCACAAGCUGACUGACGUACCCUCUUGGCAAUUUUGACCCAUUCCGGCGUUUCCUUGGGCGUCACUGCGCAAGGGAGAAAGAGCAGUGACUGAGCAAUGUCUGUCUGUCUGUCUGUGUGUGUGAAUGCAAGCAGGUACCUACCCUCGUUGUAGCCGUGGAUGGCGCGCAGCUUGGCGACCUCCUCAUCGGACAGGCCAUCGAGGUUGACUUUGAUGUCGUCCACUUCUGCCAUGAUCGCUGCUCUUUAACUUGUGGCUUUUCUUCUCUCUUGGUCGGUGGCUCUACACACACACACAUACGCACACACACACAUCACCAGACACACAUGUGCUCUUUGUGUGUGUGUUUGACCUUUCUAUGUGGAUAUGUGCAGACAACAAGGCCCGCCAGGUAGGAAA